AUGCCCACUUUGUGGGUCUACAACUCGACACCAGAGGUUGAUGCUCAAUCCAAUUAUCCUUCGAUACUAGGAGCUUCGUUUCCAUUGCUCGUGUUGAUGCUCAUCACUGUCGGCACGAGAUUGUAUGUUAGAGUCCGUACUGUGCGAGGUAUUGGUGCCGAUGACUGGGCCGUCUUCAUUGCUGCGAUAUGUAGUAUCAUUUACAACGCUUGUACUAUUGCCCAAUCAAGAUGGGGAUUAGGUCUGCCGUUGGCUCUUAGACCAAUAGUCAACUUGAACACAUAUUCUAAAAUUAAUUAUGCCGGUCGCCCUUUCUACAUGAUGGGCAUCUUAGGCUUCAAAGUCUCACUUUGCUUCUCUUAUCUUCGCAUUCUCUCCAAAGGACAACCAACCUACCGUCUCAUAGUAUGGAUCGUGAUGGUUCUCUGCAUUAUAGGCCAUGCAGUCGGUACUCUGGUACUAAUGUUCAACUGCAACCCGAUCGAAAGAUCAUGGCAUCCAACAACUGCAGGAACCUGUCUUCCCGUUGGUCCGCUAUUUGCUGGUCUUGCCAUUACGACUAUCGUUUUCGAUGUCAUAAUUUUCUUCCUUCCAAUCCCAUUUCUCUACGGGUUACGAAUGGAUAGAUCCAAAAAAUUCGGCAUCAUUGGCGUUUUUGCCCUCGGUAUUCUCACAACGGUGUGUUCUAUUAUGCGGAUGACUGUAAUACCCAUUAUUGCGACGGGUAGUGGUAAUUCCACAAUGUUGGUCGUGUGGGGGAACAUAGAAUUAAAUGUCGGGAUCAUCCUAACCUCCAUGCCCGUUCUCGCUCCUCUCUUCAAAGUAUUCGGCAAAAAACUCGUUUCAACCGGGAAAUCCUCCUCAAACCCUUACGCCCACACCGGCUCCCACAAUAUGCAAAUUUUCAGCAACUCGAAAAGUCAGCACCACACCAAUACUUCCAAUAUCAAUACUCUCACGAACUCACGAAAAGAAAGAGCUGCGAGAGCCGCGGCUCGAUAUCCAGGAGAUGUGAGUGAUAAUGAGAGUCAGGAGACGAUUUUAGGGAAAGGCGGAAAGGAGGGGAUGAUUGCGAGGGAGAGGAGCGUGGAUGAGAGGAGUGGGAUGGAGAGUUCAGAGAGGGAGAGGGACUUGGAGAGUGCGACGGGAGGCGUACACGGGCAGGGAAAGGAAAUAGAAGGAAUUAUGAGGACGGUGCAGGUGGAUAUUUCGAGUGAGGCGGCGGAUUCGCAAGCGGGGGAGUUUGGGGGGCCGAGGAAUAGGUGA